AUGUGGCGCAAAACCGCAAAUGCCGCGUUCAACGCGGCCUUCUUACUCGCGUCGCUCGCGAACGCUCUUCCUCACGGUGAUGGUCACUCGAUAGAUGAUAUGAAUAUGGACAUGGGUGGCCAUGGUCAUAAUGCAACUUCAGAAUCGUCAGAACCAGCUGAAGACUCGCCCAUGAGCUAUUUCGCGUAUGGGAAGCACUCGGGCACCAUCAUCGCGCACAUCGGUCUGAUGGUUUUGGCUUGGUGCUUUAUUCUUCCCGCAGGUGUUAUGCUCAGUGUUGCGCGCUCGCGGUUGGCGCUUCCUACUCAGUUCGCGUUCUUGGUUUUCAAUGCCGUUGGUCUGUUAAUCGGAAUCAUCUACAACAGCCAGACUCCCGAUCUUUACGAGAACAAUGCGCACCACAAGGUUGGCUGGAUCGUGACCUGGGUCGCUAGCGCACAAGUUGUCAUGACCUUGCUCUUUGCUUAUGCUGGACGGGGCGAGACUGAGGUGUCCUCCCAUGAACGCGCUGCGUUUCUUCCCGUGGCGACUGAGGACACACCCAGUCCGCUGCAAUCCUACCCGUCCGGCUCGUUCCACGACUACCGGUGGUCCAGAGAUAGUGGCCAAGGAUCGGAGCGGAACUCGUCCUCCCUGCACAGCCGCCCUGGGUCGCCUUCGGACGAAUAUGAUGGUUUCGAGAAGCCGGAAGAGGACCACGCGAAGCCCGCCGAGAGCCGGCGUUGGUUCGAGGGCACGGUUGUCGACCGAUUUUUGUCUAGUCGUGUGCCCUCCAUGGUAUCUAGCCGUGUUCUCCGGACCUUGAACAUCAUUCACAUGGUUAUCGAGCGGAUUAUCAUGCCUUUCGGUUUCGCUGCUAUUGCUACUGGAGGUGUGACCUACGGUGGUAUUAUGAGAGGCCACGAAGUUUUCAACGGACUCGCUCACUUUAUCAAGGGAGGAAUCUUCUUCUGGUACGGUCUGCUCACUCUUGGUCGCUGGAUGGGCUGCUGGGCCGACUUGGGUUGGGCCUGGAACGUGAAACCUAAAUCUCCCAUUGUGUCUAAGUGGAAGGCCAACAUUGCCAGCGGCGAGUUCACCGAAUCGAGUGUGAUUUUCACAUAUGGUAUCACCAACGUCUUCCUGGAACACCUUGCGGGUUGGGGUAAGGAAUGGUCUGCCACGGACUUGGAACAUGUGUCCAUUUCCAUCAUGUUCCUCGGCGGCGGUCUGUGCGGUAUGCUUUUCGAGUCUAAGCGCAUCAAGAGCUGGUUGAACGAGACGAUUUUGCAAGCUCCUGGCCGCGGAUCAAUGGAUUCCACCUGGAAGCUCCCUGACACUCAGGGUGUAUCGCUCAACCCGAUGCCGGCUCUGGUGAUUUUGCUUUUGGGUAUGAUGAUGGGCUCGCACCACCAGGAUAGCAUGGUGUCCACUAUGAUACACAAGCAAUGGGGCAACCUUCUCGUGGGAUUUGCCUUGGCUCGUGGCGCGACUUAUGUCUUGCUCUACAUCAAGCCGCCAACUUCCUACUUGCCCGCACGUCCUCCGACUGAGAUCAUCUCUUCUUUCUGCUUGAUCGCCGGUGGACUGAUUUUCAUGCUGAGUACCCGCACCGUUGUCGAGUCCAUCGAGUACUACCAAUUGGAUGCCAUGUUCACCUUCACCGUGGGCAUGGGAUUCACGGCUUUCAUCAUGGCCUGCGCUAUCUUGUCCAUUGCUCUCAAGGCGUGGGCUGUGAAGCGCGAGUCCAAGCCGCAGCUGCCGCCUUUCCAAUUCCCGGCCACAGCGUGA